AUGACUCCCUUUUGCAAACCUUGUAAUAAGUCUUUCAAGCAGGAGGCGGACCUGCGACGACACCUUCGAUACUCCCCUCUCCAUCAGAGUCGGUGCGAAACUUGCGAUCGGAUCUUCAGUCGAGAUGGCCUGCAACAACAUCUUCAAACUGCACGAGUCCACCUCACGGGAAUGAGCGCAACAGAAACCCCGCUAGACAAGUUCUUCCUCUCGUUUCCGUCAUUCGCAUAUGAUCCUUUCUUACCACCUGCAACGUCGUAUAGUCGACUACAAAGACACAUGGGAUGGCGGAGGGAAAGUGAGGGAAGCGGGGAAGCUUGGCAUCAAUAUCAGAGAGCACUGGAGGAGGAAGUGAAGGUCUGGUUUGGAAAGGAGGACGACCUGAAUUCGUGGCACACUCUCUGUGGGACCAUUGGAAUCAAGCAACUUCCGCCGACUAUUGCGGCGUGCCGAAGUGUUGUUCGGAACACGCACGUCAACAUCGUCGAUCUAAUCGAGUGGGGGAGACGAGGCUCAGGGGAAAGAGGUGUGCGAGUAUUCAGGAGCCAGGAAGCACUAUGGGAAUAUACAACGAAGGAGAGGAAAGUAUUCCCGCAGUCCUCGGUCAGGAACGACGAUGGCGAGACAAAUGUUGUUCUUCGACAUUUGCUCCGGCACCUUCGUCUGUGA